AUGCCCUCGUUAGACACUCUUUACCCACCACUGGAUCCGCAGACGAGAUCCACAAGGCUUCUGAAAUUCCUGCCCCAAGACAACGAUACUAUUCGUUGCACGUUGACGACCCAUACUAUUGACGACCCUCCACCAUUCAUUGGAUUGUCGUAUGUUUGGGGUCCCCCUAGCCCAAGCUACGAUAUUUUGGUGAACAACGAACCGUUCCAGGUUCGCGAGAAUUUAUGGCACGCUCUUCGGCGACUGGUUCAAAUUGCCAACAAUGACAACCACUCAAUCUUGCCUCCAAGAAACUCGCGUAUUAGAGUGCCACAAUACUAUUGGAUUGAUGCCAUCUGUAUCAAUCAAGAGGAUGCUUUCGAGCGCGGCUUUCAGGUUGAUCUAAUGAAGGAUAUAUUCUCAACUGCCACCUUUGUGAUGGCAUGGCUUGGAGAAUCUGAGGAUGAUGUCCCUGCCCUGUUCGAAUAUCUACAAGACUUGAAACACACCCCAAGGCGGAACAGAAACGAGUUCCUGAGAAAUGCAAAGAAACCAUUCUCGUUCAAAGACGCUCAGUGGCUAGUUUCUAGGCCUUAUUGGUCGAGGAUUUGGAUUGUCCAAGAGUUUACGCUGGCCAGAGAGCUCUACAUUCUCUGCGGGUCCGACACACUUUCUUGGCCUGCGCUCCAGCAACUCCGGCCAUUUGGGAUGUCCAACAGAACCAAUCUGGGCUUCAAACACUUUUCUAAACAAGAAAACCACUAUAGUAUAAGGAAACACGUCAACAGUUGCACAGAGCUUUCCAACCUUCGGAGAUCUUGGCAAACUCAGUCCAACCAACCCUCGUUUACGGACGGAAAUCCGGAAUCCGGCGCGAGGCCAACACUUACACGACUCUUGGCUUUCUGCAAAGACUAUCAGUGCACGGAUCCUCGGGACAGGGUCUAUGGACUUUUGGGACUCACAGAUACUGGAGGCAAAGAUUGCAUCUCGGCCGACUACACCAUCAGUCCAUUCGAAUUAUAUCAUCGAGUCAUUUUCCAUCUUCAGCAGAAUGGAAGAGCAGCUUCGGAGGUAUUCCGCUCUAGGCUAGCUGAGGGUCUCCAAAUUGUUCACGAAGAUGGCCUCUCAACAUCUACAUUCAUAUACGAGACGGUAGGAAGCCGGACCGUUAGAAGAUUGCUCACAUCCGGCUCAGAUGUUUGGAGAGAGCAGUUGUUGAAGGAAUUGGAAGACAAUCUCGGUUUCAAGGUUACCGAAAGUUGUCCAGAGCGUCUUGAUCUGUAUGAAAGAAUUAUAUCGCACUACAGGGAUUUCCCCAGCGAGCAAGACCCUGCGACAUGGGCAACUUUUGAGAGGGCUAUUAAGCUCCUGCAGACCGGAAAAGACUGA